CCCGAGCAGAGCCGGCGCCCAGCGCGAGCGCGGUGCCGCCAGAGGUCUCGAGCCGCUCGCCAUGGCUGGCCCGCAGCAGCAGCCCCCUUACCUGCACCUGGCCGAGCUGACGGCGUCCCAGUUCCUGGAGAUCUGGAAGCACUUUGACGCAGACGGAAAUGGGUACAUUGAAGGUAAAGAACUUGAAAACUUUUUCCAAGAGCUGGAGAAGGCAAGAAAAGGCUCUGGCAUGAUGUCAAAGAGUGACAACUUUGGGGAGAAGAUGAAGGAGUUCAUGCAGAAGUACGAUAAGAACUCGGAUGGGAAAAUUGAGAUGGCAGAGCUGGCGCAGAUCCUGCCAACCGAAGAGAACUUCCUCCUCUGCUUCAGGCAGCACGUGGGCUCCAGCGCUGAGUUUAUGGAGGCUUGGCGGAAGUACGACACAGACAGAAGUGGCUACAUUGAAGCUAACGAGCUCAAGGGGUUCCUGUCGGACCUGCUGAAGAAGGCGAACCGACCAUACGAUGAGCCCAAGCUCCAGGAGUACACCCAGACCAUACUACGGAUGUUUGACUUGAACGGGGAUGGCAAGUUGGGCCUCUCAGAAAUGUCCCGACUCUUGCCUGUUCAGGAAAACUUCCUGCUCAAAUUCCAGGGCAUGAAGCUGACCUCAGAGGAGUUCAACGCCAUCUUCACGUUUUACGACAAGGACGGGAGCGGCUACAUUGAUGAGCACGAGCUGGACGCCCUGCUGAAGGAUCUGUAUGAGAAAAACAAGAAGGAAAUGAACAUUCAACAGCUCACCAGCUACAGAAAGAGCGUCAUGUCCUUGGCCGAGGCGGGGAAGCUCUACCGCAAGGACCUGGAGAUUGUGCUCUGCAGCGAGCCCCCCGUGUAAAGUGCGGAACAGGGGCUGCGUCUCCACCUCCCCAAAUCCUGCCCCUGCUGCCCCGACACUUCUACCCAGACCCAGAGCUCAUGAGCACCCCCGCCCCGCCCCUGCACCCCGCACACGCAGCCUGCAGCGCAGGAACGGAGAGCUGGAGGACGGGCCACCGCGGGCUUCCCUGGAGCCCCUCCACUCAGUCCUGCCCAGACGGACGCGCUCCCUGCGGUGGGUCACCACCUGCAUGGAAGUGUUGGGGCGCAGGUGGGAGGGCCCCGAUUCUCUCCGCUGUGAUGCAUGAGCUCCUUCGCUGUACGAUUUCGGCUUCUGUGUCCAACAGAGUGGACUCUUCCCUCUCGCUCCCCCCGCCUUCCCCUCAUGCUGCCGCCUGCCCCAAAAGUCCAAGUUCCACCCGCCACCUGCUAAGGGUGUAGCUGUCUUCUCCCAGCUCCCGUGUGUGCAGGGCCCUGCCCUUUCCUCGCCGUCUGUGCACCGCGUGCUCCUGUUCUCUUUGGGUUUCUUGUUUUACCAAAGAAGAGUUUACAGAUAAUAAAAUGGAAACGUUCUGCUGUGGAAGCU